CUGCGCUGCUUUCCAUACGGGGCGGGGUGCAGCCGAGUCCGCCGAACAGAGCAGAGCGCACCGUCACCAGCUGCUCUGCCUGCACCGUCAGCCCGACAACAUGGGUCUAGAAAAGGAAAAAUUGGAUUCCAGCGUAUUUAUGGACGAUGAUGAGUUCAACAGAUCGAUAGAGCCCAUUCUGAAGAAGGGGAAAGUGUACGCAGAGGAGCCGGACCGAGAUCCAAACGAUAUCAACGCUCAUUUAAAGCUUGGUUUUGAAGAUGUCAUCGCUGAGCACAUCUCCGCGCACAGCUUCGACAAAGUGUGGAUCGGAAGCCACGCCGCGUUUGAGCUGGUCAAAUUCAUCUUUUACCGGCUGCUGACCACGCUGCUGGCCGUGCCCAUGGCUUUCAUCCUCGGACUGGUCUUCGCGGUGCUCAGCUGCAUCCACAUCUGGCUGGUGAUGCCGGUGAUCCAGAGCUUCCUGAUGCUCUUACCAUCGGUGCACGUCGUGUGGAGGAGCCUGACGGACAUGUUCAUCACUCCGCUCUACCACAGCAUGGGAAAGAGCCUGUCCUCCGUUCACGUGAAAACGACAGAGUACUAACGCGGCGCUCGGCCCCCUGCGGAGAGGGGAAGGACAGAUUGCAGUCAUGGAAAAAUAGAGUGCUUGUAGUGGAACACGUGAGCUCUUUAUAAAGUCCUGCACAAAGUACUUAUAACUAUAAACGAACACAACACUUAUUAAAGGCAUUUGGCUGAGCAUGGAUUUGGUGAAAAAGAGACAUUUAUGUUACGUGUAAUUUAAUGUAUUUCAAUGUGUCUUAGUUGGAAAAUGAUACAUAUUGAAAUACAGCAACAUGCUGUUAAAACAACAGUUAUAUCUUAAUAAAAUGAAGAAAUUAACACCUAAAUCUAUGCACGUUUACUUCAUCGCUACAGGAAAGUAAACGGUUGCGAUACUGUGUGGGACUUUAUGAAAAGCUCAUGUGCAAACCUCCCAAAAUGGACUUUGUUUGCUGAUUGUGACCAAAAAAAAAACAAAUUCUUGUCAUUCCAUCACUUUGUGUGCGAGAGAGUCGUGGAGUCAGUCGGAGCUUUGUAACAUUGUUGUUACGCAAACGUUCUGAAAGAUUUAAUAUUUCUGCUUUUUCAUAUAUUGUAUAUAUUGCAAGUAAUUCAGCUCGAAGUCGAAUGUAAUGAACUGAAUCAGUCGAUCACAUGGAUAUUAAGUGCUAAGAUGCAGCUUGUUGCACAUUGCUGUGUUGUGUCACAGCACAUUGGCAAUCAUACUGGGCAUUUGCUUUUAUAUGGAUGUAAACUAAACGCAAUAGAGUUGUUUGAACAUUGUAUUGAACAGGAUUGGAAGCAUCGAAGGGAUGGCUUUCUAAUUUAUUAUUUAUGCGACGACCAACUCUUGAUAUUUGGCGCUAUCUGACAUACGAGUAGCUUAGUGUAAUGAUCCACAUCGUGUUCUGUGUUUGGUUGACGCCUCGGUACAUGCGUCUUUAAUUUAGAGCUUAUUGUUCCCUCCAGCACUGCUGCAAGAGAUCAUGUUUACCUUUUUGUGCAGCAGAUUCGUUGAGUUGUAGGUACAAACCUUCACAGUUUGCUAUGAGCUUUACAAUCUAAAGUUAAGAAAGCGAGACAGAAAGAGUAACAGUUCUGGAGUGUGAGGUGCAAACCCUCCUCCGAUGACACCUUCUCUCAUCCCAUUCCAACGAUCCUUAUGAUUGCAGGAAGUAAAGGGCAUAUGGACCAAUAAGCCGUGAGCGCAUGAAUAAGAACUACAGCUGUAAAUAAAAAGCAUUUCCCUUUUCCACAACUCGUUACUCAACAUUGAGCCUCCAAGCUAACCUGCUGAACUUCUACAGGCAGCAGAUGUUCCCUCUGACAGGCAGAUGUUCCCUCUGACACAGCAGAAGAUCCACACAACGUGUGUGUUUUGUUUCCAGCUGACACCUGAAGGCAGCACUUUUUAAUCUGUUCACUGAUGAUUGACUGCUGACAAGCUGCCAGCCGACGUGCUUGUGUUUAGUUUUCCAGCUCUUAGGGGAGAUUUAAGGUAGGGUUGUGCAAUAGUGGAAGACGCAGGUGUGUGGCUGAAGCUCCCCCCCCCCCCUUAGCAAUAUCAUGUAGCACUAUUCAAGUUAUAUCCUUUUAGACAAAUCAUACCGUAACGAGCCUCCGCCAGUAAUACAUGCUACUUUCAUUUCUUUGCGUUUUAUUCUCUCAACAUUUAGAACUUUAACAGCUUUAAAUGUGUUCUUUAUUACCAAAAUAAAGUUUUUCCUCAAGAUA